CCAUCGACGGUGCACCGGCCUGUGAGCGUGUGUUAUGUCAGUACAAGGACUGGACCAGUUGAAGAUGGAGGUUGAACAAAGUUCCGCCACGUUGUGUUCUUGAAGUAAACUACCGUGAACACAACAGGAAGACAGACAGGGUCCAAACGGUCCCACGAGAUGUCCCCGAGGACCGGUGUGCGAGAUUAACUGGUUUUGAAUUAACUGUUUUUUUGUUUACAUCCGUGAGGCCGACGUGUUGUAGGAGCGGCCUCUCAGGACCCACGGUGACUAACUAGGAAAUACACAUUUCCAUCGUUUAGCCUCUGUCACGUUCUUUGUAUGGUAUGUUGUUAAAGACUAAACACGGAUGACUUUGCGGUCAAAUACACGACCUGUUCGGGAGGCUGUGGUUGGUUCAUACGCCGAGGACACGGAGCGAGGACGAGAGUAAAGGACAAAAGAGUGGAAUAUCUGCCCAGGUAGUGGCUGCCAUCGAUAUCAACACAACGGCCAAUCAAAUCUACAAGCACAAUUUCCCCGAUACCACCCUCUGGAACAAGACCAUUGAGGGAAUAACACUAGAUGUCUUCAAUAAAUUACCAUUUGACAUGAUUUUGAUGAGCCCACCUUGUCAGCCUUUUACCAGGAUAGGACUUCAGGGUGACAUUGCUGACCCCAGAACCAAGAGCUUCCUCUACAUCCUAGAUCUUCUGCCAAGGCUGUGCAGGCUGCCCCGCUUCAUCCUGCUGGAGAAUGUGAAAGGCUUCGAGAGCUCCUCUGCCAGGGAGUGCUUGGUGAAGACGCUCAUGGAAUGUGGAUACACUUUCCAGGAGAUCAUGGUCUCACCCACAAGUGUUGGGAUCCCAAAUUCAAGACUGCGUUAUUUCCUGAUUGCUAAGCUUUCAACAGAAAACAAAAGCACCCAGAGUUCAAAGAUGUUGGAUGCCUUCCCUGAGCAGCACACAGCCUCCAGUCCUCUCCCUCCAGCUCCCUGCCAGCCACAAGAGGACAUGCAGGGGGCUCGUGUCCUCUAUAAACAAGAGACAACAAUGGAUGCCCAGAGGAAGAUGAGUCAGAACAACGACCUGUCUGUCAGGCAGAUCCAAGACUUCCUGGAACCGCAGAUGGAAGUAAACCUUGAACACUAUCUUCUUCCUCCCAAAACACUGCUGCGAUAUGCUCUGCUGCUGGACAUUGUUCGGCCCACAUGCAGGAGGUCUGUGUGCUUUACUAAAGGCUAUGGCCGGUAUGUGGAGGGAACUGGCUCAGUACUGCAGUGCUGCAUGGAAACAGAGAUGGAGAACGUGUUUGGAGGUCUGGACCAGUUCUCUGAAGAGGAGAAACUCCAGCAGCUGCUGAAGCUCAGGUUGCGUUAUUUUACGCCCAGAGAACUUGCCAACCUCAUGGGCUUCCCUCAAAGCUUCUCCUUUCCGGAGCAGAUUAGCACCAAGCAGCAGUACAGAGCUCUGGGGAACAGCCUCAACGUGGUGGUGGUGGCCAGACUCCUCCAGAUGCUGGUGUCCUAGCCUCCUGAGACCCAGAAAUGACACUUCCAGCUCCCCGUCUCCAAGUCAAUGGAUUUGUUUUAACUUUAGAAAACCUUUCAAAAAACCAAAGGGGAGACUCAAACUGGAAAAGGAGGAGGUCCGUUUUGGACAAUGGUCGCUCGUUGCUGCCUACAUUCACGUCCACAGAGGUACUUCCUCUUCUUUUGGGUUUCCUGCCUUGUGGUACAUUGCUGCCUCUCACAGGUCGGGAUGAUAAGAUACAAUAAGACUUUAUUCAUCCUUAGGGAACGUUCCAAUUCAUGGGAAGACUGCAAAUACAAAGAAGUGUUGGCUCCGUGAUUUCCCUCUCAAUGAAUAAUCUUUUAUUUCUUAUCUUAUCAUCCCGAGCUGUGAGAGGCAGCAAUGUACCACAAGACAUGCAGUUUGACGGAAAUCCAAAAGAAGAAAUUGAAAAAGUACUUCUGUUUGAAGCAGUCCAAUCAGAGACCAGGAAUAACCCUCCAAUACGUACCUUUUCCUUGUGUUUUCUGAAAUGUUGUGCUUUGACCCUCAGGGCCACCGUACAAGUGGCUAAAUGAGACUACUAGUCAUGUGACUGGUAAAAUGCUGUUCAUAUGCAAAGAUUAUCUUGAUAACUUGCCAAACAAGUACCAUCCAUGUUUGUUUGCCACAGAGCAUUGUUGUUCUGCGGUUGGCCAACAACACGUCAUUGCAGCGCUCUGCUGUGGAUUAUGUGACAAAGGGGCGACUUUGGUUAAUUGGGCAAAUGUUUAACAGUGUAAGUUACAUUUCUAUAUUUCACUUCAAACAGUAUAUGUCUCUAUUGGAAGAAUAUUAAUAUGUUUAUUUUUUAUAAGCAUAAUUGCAGAUUAUUUUCCAAAGAAUCAAAAUAAAAACGUAAAAACAAA